AGCUGCCGUUGUUUCAUUUGCGCCAUUUUGUCCGCUCACUUUGUUGAUUGGGUUUUAGCGAGCUGUACUGGAGCCAAUCAGAGGGAAACCGGACAGUGAAGAUACGGAGGGUUGGACAUAUUCAGGCAUGGAGCAGUACACCACUGCCACCACUACGACAGGGGAGCAGAUUGUUGUGCAGACUGCUAAUGGGCAGAUCCAGCAGCAGACACAGGGCACAGUGACGGCUGUGCAGCUGCAAGCAGAGGCGCAAGGCCAGCAGGUGCAGACACUCCAGGUAGUCCAGGGACAGCCCCUCAUGGUGCAGGUGAGCGGCGGGCAGCUCAUCACAUCCUCAGGGCAGCCCAUCAUGGUGCAGGCCAUGUCGGGGAGUCAGGGUCAGACCAUAAUGCAGGUUCCCGUGUCUGGAGCUCAAGGCCUGCAGCAGAUCCAGCUGGUGCAGCCGGGUCAGAUCCAGCUGCAAGGCGGUCAGACUCUCCAGCUCCAGGGCCAGCAGGGUCAGCCUCAACAGAUCAUCAUCCAGCAGCCCCAGACGGCCAUCACUGCUGGACAGAACCAGAGCCAGCAGAUCAGCGUACAAGGCCAACAGGUGGCUCAGACCGCAGACGGACAGACCAUCGUCUACCAGCCUGUCAACGCAGAUGGUUCUGUUUUACAGCAGGGUAUGAUCACAAUUCCUGCUGCCAGCCUGGCAGGUGCCCAGAUAGUACAAGCAGCAGGGGGCGCCAACACAAACACCACCAACAGCGGCCAAGGCACUGUGACCGUCACCCUGCCCGUCUCCGGCAACAUGGUCAAUGCAGGUGGAAUGGUCAUGGUAAGACCGUGUGCAGAGAUGGUGCCGGGUGGAGGCGGCGUUCCCACAAUGCAGCGUAUCCCCCUUCCAGGAGCCGAAAUGCUGGAGGAAGAGCCUCUGUACGUCAACGCCAAGCAAUACCAUCGUAUUUUGAAGCGGAGACAAGCCCGGGCCAAGCUGGAGGCUGAGGGCAAGAUCCCCAAAGAGAGGAGGAAAUACCUACACGAGUCUCGCCACCGUCAUGCUAUGCAGCGCAAGCGUGGAGAUGGAGGACGGUUCUUUUCCCCUAAAGAAAAGGAAGAGGCGGCGGCUUUGGGCCUAGCACAACAGGAAAUAGCCCCGGCAGCAGCAGAUGAGACAGUGACUCAGAUGAUCAGAGUGUCGUAGCAUCAUCUCGACAUCACGCCCUGGCUGAGGCUUCUUCCCAGCUAACAUCUCCUGUAGUCUUCGCCUCCUCAACACACCCAGCGGUGCUUUCACUCUGGGGGGUUUCUUUUAUCUCUCAACUUCUUCACUGGUCUUCCAGGAAGCUGGCUGUGUAACAGCUGAGCCAGGGGACUUCUCUGGUCUUUUUCUCAUUAAAAUUGAGGAUGUUAUCAUGUUGCCAUUUUUUUUUCUAAAGGAUUUGUCAUUUUCUUUUCUUUUUUUUCUUUCUUUUUUUGGCAACUUGUCACACAGUUGAAAAGACAGUCAUGAAGCCAUACUCUGCUCGACCCCGGUCUGUUGAAAAGUUGUGGAAUUGUCUCCAGUUGACACUUUUGCUUUAAACAUUUUUUUUUUUAUACAUGGUACAUUUUCUUGUUUUCUGAAACUUUUAUUAGUUUAAGCUACCCUGCUGUUGUGUAUUAUUGAUUCAUUCUUUAUAUAAAAAUUGUAAUUAUUUAAAGCCAUGUACUUUUUGGGCUUGUCUGAUGGCUGCAUAGUACAUGGUACUCCAGAGAUGUGAUGGUAAUGUGAAGACAUUGUAUAGAAGGACUCUUGUUCCCCUUUAAAGUUCUGUGGAUGCAUUGUAUGCAGUUUAUAGUUGGGCUUAGUGUUUUUUCUGGAAGAAAAAUAGUGUUUCUUUGUCUUACACACUUCAGUCAUGUAUAGUAGAACAUUUUUUGUCUGUAAGUCCACAUAGGUGUUUUUUUUUUUUUUUGUCUUUGUAGAUAGCCAUUUUUAUCCACCAGCAGCCAUCAAUGUUAAUAUUUUUUUAUAUAAUUGUGAAAAGGACAUUGUCUUCAUAAAAACCUGUCAAUUAAAUUUUUAUUAAGAAA